AUGCCGUCAUUCUUACCCUCGCGGAUGCUCGCUGCGCAUCUGGUCAGUUCGCACGGGCUGGCAUGUAGCAUUUUGAUGUGCGGGCUCCUGUUUCUUCUCACGGCCUCGUAUUUUCUCUGGUCCCAAGGGAGUUCACGUCUCCAGCGCCGUCUGCGCACCCGAGUCACUCUUGUAAAACCCAGAGGUGGCACUGCGAAGGAAUCGGAUGAAGGCGACACGAACCCAGGACCUGGUAACAGCAUUUCAGGACAGGGGAAUGUCUCGAGCCAACCGAGGUCGAUGCACGUACUAAAUGAAGAUACGCCGACGCCAGCAGUCAACGCCCGGAAACGAAAGUUGGACCCUGAAGACUACACGGUAGGCUGGAUCUGCGCUCUAAGAAUAGAGCAUUUUGCCGCGUGUGCACUUCUUGACGAGGAGCACCAAGGACCAGAAUAUGUGCCCGGCGUUGCAGACACCGCGUACACCUUGGGCAAAGUGGGAGAACACAACGUUGUCAUCAUUGUCACGCCCGAGGCAUGUUCAAAUCCCGCCUCGGUUGCCGCCCACCAUCUCACAUGCAGUUUUCCCAACAUCAGGUUCGGUCUCAUGGUUGGCAUGGGAGGCGGGGCGCCAAGUCCAAAACACGAUGUACGCCUCGGCGAUAUUGUUGUUGGCGUUGCUCGCAGUGACAGUCACGGCGUGUUCCAGUACGAUCUUGGCAAGACCAUGCAAGACGGAAAUCUCCACGUAACCGGCGUUGUAAAUCAGCCGCCCAUCUUUCUGCGAAAUGCCGCGGACAGACUCCAGUUCCGGUACGAGAUUCCAGGCCACCAACUUCAACAAACCAUCAGCAGCAUCCUCAAAGGAAACCCGGGAUUACAAACUUUUAAGCGACCGCGUCCCAGCGCAGACAGGCUGUAUCGAGCUGAAGUCACGCAUCCUCCGGGCGCAGAGAGCUGUGAGACGUCCUGCGGUACCGACCCGGCGAAGCUGGUGCGGCGAAAUGAGCGAGAUCCGUUCAAAAGCUAUCCAGCUGUUCAUUACGGGGUGAUUGCCUCGGCGGGCCAGAUACCAAGGGACGCUUUGAUUCGCGAUAAGCUCGUAGCAGAGAAGAAUGUGGUUUGUUUUGAAACGGAAGCUGCUGGUUUGAUGAGCCACUUUCCAUGCUUGGUUAUUCGUAGCAUAUACAACUAUGCAGACUCGCAUAAUAAUGACGAGUGGCGGCGUUAUGCCGCAAUAUCAGCAGCGGCAUAUGCAAAAGAUUUACUCUAUCAAAUACCCGUCGCUGCGGUCCAAUCUGAGAAGAGGAUUAGCGAUAUUCUGAAAGCAGCCGAAGAUCCUGCAAAAUCAGACGCCGGUGCCUCGCAGGCACAGCGUAGAGCCAAGCGGCGGGCAGCCCGUCGGACUUGGUCCCCCGAGGAAGUACAGUGUCUUGAAUCACUUCGUCUUUCGGGAAAGAACGACAGCACCGCGUACGAGUGGUACAAGGAUCGCGUGGAAGAUCCAUUAGACGGUACCUGUCAGUGGCUCCUGCAACAGCAUCAUUACCGGAAGUGGCUGAAACAAGACUCCGGUGUCCUGCUGCUCCUGGCGCGCCCUGGCCAUGGGAAGUCGGUGCUGGCCAAAUAUCUAGUUGACCGCGGUCUUCCCAAAAGAUCAACCGUUUGUUAUGUUUUCUUUCAGAAAGGAGUUCAGGAUCAGGCUCGCCAGGCACUUUGCGCCUUGCUUCACCAGCUGUUUUCUCAAAAUCCAGAUCUUCUUGACUAUGCUAUGUGUCAAUUUCGCAGAGACAAGCAGGUGUUGAUUACUUCUACCGAAUCACUCUGGGGUAUUCUCAGAAAUGCUGUGAAAGAUUCUCAGGCUGGGCGUAUAAUCUUUGUUCUUGAUGCCGUGGACGUGUGUGCAGACUCGGAUUUAAGGGGCUUGGCACAAAAUAUCCAUAACCAUGUUACCGGCGGCCGGAUAGGCUCUAACAAGCUGAAAUAUCUCUUGACAAGUCGGCCUGAUCAGAGUUCUCUGUUUCCCUUCUACAACCAACCGUCAGAAGAUUCUCCGCACAUCACAAUAUUCGAAGAGGACACAUCUAGAUUUAUUAUGGACGACGUGACCCAUUUUGUUUCGCACCGAGUUGCUCAGCUAUCAAAGACGAAAGGCCUCUUGGAAAGUAUUUCACGUUGUCUAGAGUGGAUAUAUCAGAGACUAAAAGUAGGCCCCGGAUAUACGGGCUAA